AUGGUCCUGGUUCUGCCGCUGCUGCCUCUGUUGCUCUCAAGGGUCCAGGGGGACCCCGAGGGUUCUCUGAGGGGCAGCCCUGGGGACCGGGUGAACCUUUCCUGCAAAGAGGUCUUAGACCCCGCCCGCUGGGCUUGGGCGCCUAGCUUCCCGGCGUGCAAGGGCCUGUCCAAAGGCCGCCGUAAGAUCGUGUGGUUCUCGUCGAGCGGGAGCCCGGUUGUGCUUGAGCUCUUCUCUGGCCGCCUGCGUUCCCUGGACACUAGCAUCAAGCAUCUAGAGCUGCUGCUGAGCGCCGGCGAUUCUGGCACCUUUUUCUGCAAAGGACACCAAGACAACGAGAGCCGCACAGUGCUUCAGGUGUUGGGGGACAAGGCAGACUGCAGGGCUCCGGGAUCUACCCACGGUUCCGAGUAUUCCAAGGUCCUGAUUCCUCUGCUGGGCAUUGGGCUGGUGCUGGGACUGGGUGCCUCGGGCUUGGUCUGGUGGCGGCGCAGGCUGGAGCACCCGCCCCCGCCCCCGCCCCCGCCUGGACCACUCCCCGCAUUUGCUCCAGUCAUAAAUGCUGAGCCGCAGCAGCUUUUAGAACAGGAGUCCAAGACCUCAGGCCACCUGGACCAAGAGCCGAGCCUGCACUAUGCUGAUCUGGACCACUCUGUCCUCGGGAGGCACCGCCGGAUGUCCACAGUGGUUCCUGGUGAUGCCUCCACUGUCUAUGAGGUUGUAGUUUAAAGGGAAGCUCUUGCUCUCCAAACCUUCCAAUCUGGGGCUUCCCUCCCUAUAUAACCUCCUCAACUGGAGGGGGAAGGCACCAUGGACAGAGGCACUCGUCUAGGCGGCUGGAUACCUGGGUUGUCUCUGCAAUUAUUCGGCUUUUUUCAGCCACUCCCCUCUCUCCUGUAAGUUUUCCUUCACCACUGAUGCCCUCUCUAAAGAUGACCAAGCUGUCUGUCUUAAGUUUUAACUCCCAAAUAGAUAUCCCCUCUGUUCACUCUCCUUUUCCAAACAAGCAUUUUGAUCUUAAGGCAUACACCGGACCUCAUUUUCCUGCUUCACACCCACUCCUAUGCUCAUUGGCUGUGGCUGCUCAUCUACCGUCUAAGGUUGCCAGUGAUGUCCUAGUCCACAAGAUAACAUUCACUGACUUGGCCCUAGAUCAACCCUCUUUAAACCCUGAUUUACUUUGUUGUGAAAUCUCCCUUCUAGACCUGUUUGCCUCUUCCUCCUCCUUGCUCCUCUUCUGGGAAGCUAGCCAAUCCUCAGCCCCCUUCCCUCCAACCCAGAUCUCAGUCCUAGUACACCCUGUCCAGCUAGCCUUGGGCACUUUACACAAGGCAUAUCAAACCUGACCCAGUCAUCUCCCAAGCUCUUCCCUGGGCCCUCCUCUGCAUUCUCAUGACCAACCCAAGUUGUCCAAGCCAGAAACUGGGAGUCAGAACACACCAGCUCCUUCUCUCCCACACAGGGACUUAUAAAGCGCCCACCCCCAUCUUUACUUUAAAGACAGGUUCUCCUAUAGCUGAGGCUGGCUUUGAACCCCUGAUCGCCUUGCCUCCACCUUCAGUGCUGGGUCACAGAGAUUACAGGCAUGCACCACCACACAAAGCCUUGUCUUAGUGCCACUGUCCAAUCUGUGCCUGUCUCCGCAUCCAGAGCUGCCCCCAGAAUGUUCUUCAUCCUUUGCUUCAGGGGUGACCCACACUCCCGCCCGACCCUCCCGCCCUCCCAAGCGUCCACCACUGGUCCUCUCCCGAGGCUUCAGCUUUGGGUACGGGUGCUGCAGCACUUUGGGAACUCAUAGGCUUCUCUGUCAUUUCCUGAGUACACAUGCCCACCUUAGAUUACCCCGUUUUCUCCCUGCAAUAUUCAUU